AUGGCGCUGACAACCGAGCAGGAGACAGCAGCAACAGAGACGACAGCAGCAACAGAAGCAACAGAAGUAGCAACCCCAGCAGCAGCAGCAGCAGCAGCAGCAGCAGCAGCGGGAGCAGCAUCCCCGUCGUGCGCUGCGACUGCAGCAGCAGCAGCAGCAGCAGCAGCAGCAGCUGACGCGUCGCCGUUCCCGCUGCUGCUCUCCCCCGCCGCAGCCUCCCCCCCCGCAGCAGCACCAGCAGCAGCAGCAGCAGCAGCAGCAGCAGCAGCAGCAGCAGCAGCAGCAAAAGGGCCGCUGCCGAUCGCGCUGCUGUCGCACUCGCACCCCAUAAAGCUGAUUCUGACGGACUUCGACGGCACUUUUGCUGGCAGCAGCAAAAAGCCCUCAGCAGCAAACUUGCGGGGCUUCAAACUCGCGCAGCAGCUGGGCAUUCUUGUGGGGUUUGCCACCGGCAGGGGCCGCGCCUCUGCUGUUGCUGCUGCUGCUGCUGCUGCGGACCCUGCUGCUGCUGCGAAGCCUGCUGCUGCUGCUGCUGCUGCUGGGGACCCCGCUGCUGCUGCUGCGGCUGCGGCUGGGGACCCUGCUGCUGCUGCUGGGGACCCCGCUGCUGCUGCUGCUGCUGCUGGGGCCCCCGCUGCUGCUGCUGCUGCUGGGGCCCCCGCUGCUGCUGCUGCUGCUGCUGCUGCUGGUGGUUUGGACUACAAAGGGUACCCCGGGGUGUUCUGCAACGGGGCUGUUGUUUGUGGGGCGCGGGAGGGGGAGACAGUUGCUGCUCGUUGGCUUCCUGCUGCAGUGCAGCAGCAGGUGCUGCAGCUGCUGGAGCAGCAGCAGCAGCUGCAGCACGUGCUGGGGAUAACGGAGACGGGCUGCUUCUGCUGCAGCAGCAACAAAUUCACUUUGCUGCCAGCAGCAGAGUUCGGGGAGGAGCCUGCGGUGCUGCUGCCGCGGGAGUGUAUGUACACCCGGCGGUUCAACAAGCUGCUGCUGUGGCAGCCUGCUGCGCUGCUGCUGCAGCUGCGGCUGCUGCUGCAGCAGCAACUCGGCAGCAGCUUAGAACUCACUAUGCCCUAUCCCGAGCUGCUGGAGAUCUGCAGCAAAGGAGACACAAAAGGCCAGGGACUAGUUGAGCUGUCUGUACACCUGGGGAUCUCCCCACAAAACGUUUUAGUUCUCGGAGACUCCGAAAAUGAUAUUUCCAUGUUUCAAAAAGCCGGAGUUGCUGUUGCUGUUGCAGGAGCAGCAGCAGCAGCAGCAGCAGCAGCACACUACCUUGCUGCUGCUCCCGAAGACGGGCCCCUGCUGCAGGUCGUCCAGCUGCUGCAGCAAAAGGGACUUUGCCCGCAGCAGCAAAAGCCGCUUUGA